AAAGAAGGAAUAAGAGGUUCCUUGCUUGAACGAUGCAUUAUGCAGCAAGAAUGAAGUGAUUUAUAUACUCAGGUAAACCCUAAACCAGAACAAAACCCAUUUUUGGUCAGAGCGUGUGAAGAAAAUGGUUGGAACCAGAAAUUUGAUCGUUCGAUCUUUGGCACUUCGUCAUGCAAUCAAGAACACUGUUCGUCCUCUCUUAACCAACACCAACCUUCAUUCACGAAUUUCCAAAUCGUCUCUCUUCGCCGCCACACUCGCCUCUUCCUCCUACUCCUCUCACCUCUCCCUCCACCAUUCCCGUUCCCUUUCCUCCGCCUCAGCUUCUCCUGGCGUUAUCCUUGUUAAUUCUGCGGAAGAGUUCAAUAAAAUCCUUAGCAAAAUUCAAGAUGACUCGUUGCACGCGAUCUUCUAUUUUACUGCUGUUUGGUGUGGACCUUGCAGGUUCAUUUCUCCUAUAGUUGGGGAGCUCAGUAAGAAGUAUCCUAAUGUGGCAACUUAUAAGAUUGACAUUGAUCAGGAAGCAAUUCAGGACACAUUGAGCAGGUUGCAGAUUACAUCUGUGCCAACACUUCACUUCUUUCAAAAUGGAAAAAAGACCGAUGAACUUAUAGGUGCAGAUGUUGCGCGAUUGAAUCAUAUUACGGAGAAACUCUUCAAGAAGGACUAACUCCGAAGCUGAGGUGGGAAUUGCUGCUGGCUGAUUGAGUACUAAAUGUUAAAAUGUGUUAUUUGAGACAAACCGUUUGAAGAUAUUUUAUAUCUCUCUGAAACAAGAGAAAGAAUUGCAUACUUGUGUAUGACACAGAAUAUUUGUUAUAAUUAUAAGUGAUUUCUUGUAUCA